ACAUAAUUCAAAUAAUAAUAUUAAAAAUGAAUUUACCAUUUUUCGCGAAAAAAAUAAUCCUUCCAUAGCGAUUAAUUUGAUUUGCAUGCGAGAUGAAGUCAAAUUGAGAUCCUAUUUUUUCUCCCACCAAAUCUCUUCCGUACGCUCGUUGUUCUCGUUUCCGUUUUAUUCCUCGUUAACAUUUUCUUCACCGAUCGCUCGCACUCAAACCGCGGAAUUCAAAUGGAUCAUCAGAGCACCGCCGCCGCCGCCGCGACCUCCUCCCCCGCGGCCUCGCCGACGGAGCCAGCCUCCAAAGCCCGAGCCGCCAUUCUCGCCCUCUCCUCCAUCGUCACCACCGUCCCCCCGUUCCUAUCCUCCUCCGAGAGCCCCGCCCUCGCCCUCCUCCACGACCCCGACGUGGCGUCCCAGGUCUCCUCCCUCCUCCGCCGCCCCGACUCCGGCUCCGGCGACGACAACCUCUGCCGCUGGCUCUACGACACCUUCCACUCCGGCGACCCCGACCUCCAGCUCGUCGUCCUCCGCCACGUCCCCACCGUCGCCGGCGUCUACCUCUCGCGCGCCUCCCAGCGCAAGCCCCACGCCGGCUUCGAGUGCGUGCUCCUCGCCCUGUACGCGCACGUGACCACCGCCCGCGGUGGCCAGUCGGUGACCGUCACGAUCCCGGACGUCUCCCACCCGAGCGUGUACCACGAGACGCGCGACAGCUCCGCCAAGAGCAUCGCGACGGACCUGAACCUCGCCGUCGUGUCCCCGAGCCUCGAGCCGCACGGCACCGUCCGGUCGUCCCGGCGCUCGCGGAUCGUCGGCAUCGCGCUUGAGCUCUACCACAGCCGGAUCGCGCAGAUGCCGGUCGGCUCGAAGAUCGAUUUCUGCGAGUUCUGCGUCGUCUGGUCCGGCCUGACCGGAGAUCCGUGCGAGGACGACGCCGAAGAGAUCGGCGACGCGAACCGGUCGCGGAUCGAAGGCCAAGGGACCGGAUCGGGGCGGAUCACGAUGCCGUGGGAGCUCCUGCAACCGGCGCUGAGGAUACUGGGGCACUGCAUGCUGGGGCCGGCGCCGGCGAAGGAGAAGGAGCGGCUCGAGGCGGCGGCGGCGGCGGCUUGCCGGAGCCUGUACGCGAGGUCGCUGCACGACAUCGAUCCGAUGGCGAUACUGGCGACGGGGAGUCUCCUGAGGUUGAGGAAGAUCGGGUUGGAUUCGGGGCAGGAGGUGGUGGAUCACACGGAAAUUCCCCAUCAAAACGUCAUCGUUCUUUCCUCUUCGUUUGGUAAUUUGUGCUCGUUGGGGAAUGACAAGAAGUAAAUAAAAAAAAAAUCAAUUCUUAGAGCAAAAAAAACAAAAAAAAAAAAAAUCCACCUUUCAUUUGAUUC